AUGAAUAAAGAUUUAUUUUCAUCAGUUUUCAAUAACAAAGUAUUGAAUAACUUGAUAUUCAAAUUUGUAUAUUCACAUGUAUCAGAAGAAUGUAAAUAUAGAUGGCGAGAGCUACUUUGUACUCCAAUGGUAAUGGCAUCACACGGUUAUUUGGAACUUCUGAAGGUGUACUUCAAGAAUCCAGAACAUUUAGAAUAUCAAAUGGAGGAAGCAUUACUUUUUUCACCAUACUCUGGUGAUUUAGAGACUGUCGAAUACCUCUCUAAUCUUGUUGGAGAGAGAGAGGGCUUGGAAGUGGGCAAUGUUUUUGAUUCUGCUGCAGGAGCUGGUCAUCUGCACAUCAUAAAGUGGCUCGCUGUCAAUAGACCUCAGGACAGAGCUGGUAACAAAAUGUACGCUGAAGCAGUACGACACAAUCAUAUUCAUAUUCUCGAGUUUCUAAAGUCGGAAGAUAAAGAAAAACAUUGUUUUAGGAAGGCAGGAAUUCAAGAUGAUGAAGAUGAAUAUGAUGAAAGUGAAAAUGAACUAGAUGAUGAAGACGACGAUGACGAAGAAGAUUAUUCACAAAGAUUAUUCGAUAUUGCUGCUGAUGCCGGUCAUCUAAAUGUUCUGAAAUGGAUGCAAAACUAUCAUAUUGGUGAAUGCUCAAGCAAAGCAAUGGAUAAUGCUGCUUCAAAUAAAUUCUUUGAAAUUGUUGUAUGGUUGCAUAUGAAUCGAACUGAAGGUUGUACAACUAGAGCAAUGAUGCAAGCAGCAACAAAUGGUGAUUUGGCAUUGGUGCAAUGGUUCCAUAAUAAUCGAACUGAAGGUUGUGGCAAUGCUAUGGAUUUCGCGGCUGAAAAAGGACACAUUGAAGUUGUUAAAUGGUUGCACUCCAAUCGAACUGAAGGUUGUACAAACUUUGCAAUGGACCUAAGUGCAAAAGGAGGACACAUCGAUCUCGUCAAAUGGCUCCAUUCAAAUCGAACUGAAGGUUGCUCCUGGAGGGCAAUGGAAUACGCCGCUAGAAAUGGACACUUGGAGAUUGUGAAAUUCUUACAUAUCAAUCGAACGGAAGGUACUUCAGAUGUGUUACUGCUCGAUAAAGUAGCAAUUAAUGGACAUCUCAACGUCAUUAAAUGGUUCCAUGAGAAUCGAACUGAAGGUUGUUCAAGCGCCGCAAUGGAUAAUGCAGCCAUUCAAAACCACUUGGAACUUGUGAAAUGGUUGCAUGAAAAUAGAACGGAAGGUUGUUCCACUAGAGCUAUGGAUUCCUCGGCAAAUAUGGGUAGUAUCAGGAUGGUAAGAUGGCUUCAUGAAAAUAGAAGUGAAGGAUGUACCAAGAAAGCAAUCGAUAAGAUUGGAGUGCGGCCUUCACUCACUGGUCUUCUGGUCAUAUGUGACUCCUCGCAGGAACAAGCUGACAACAUGCUGGAGGUGGUAAAGUUCCUUCUUAAAAAUAGAAAAGAAGGAUGCUCGAAAUUGGCGAUGGACAGUGCUGUUAAAUUCGGAUUAUUAGAUGUGGUCAAGUACCUCCAUGAAAACAGAAAAGAUGGUUGCACAUCCAAUGCAUUUAAUUUAGCAACACAGCAAGGUAACCUCGAAUUACUAAAAUGGCUAAACACAAACCAAUCCGAGCACUGUACUUCAGAUCUUUUUGAUUUGUUAUUAGAGACCGCAAAGGAAUGUAGUGGUACUCCAGAGAUGAUCAAUUGGAUUAUAAAAAAUAGACCUGCAGAGAUAAAAAAAACAAAAAGAAAACCAGCAGCCAAAGUACAAAGCAAAAAACAAAAAAUUUCCAAAUAA